AUGAGAAAUUUUUCUCCGGGUAUCGGGAAACUGGAAAAGUUUUGUUGCCGUCUUCAAAUGAAACCUAAUUACAAACCGGUAUUUUUUAAACCUCGACCAGUACCAUUUGCUUUAAAAGAAAGAAUAGAAACUGAACUUAAGAGGUUAGUUGCAGAAGACAUCAUUGAGCCGGUGACAUAUAGUGAGUGGGCUACACCAAUUGUUCCUGUUAUCAAACAGAAUGGGAACCUACGAAUCUGUGGUGAUUAUAAGGUGACUAUCAACCCGGGACUAAAAAUUGAGCAAUAUCCUUUACCCCGUAUCGAGGACAUUUUUGCUGAACUGUCAGGAGGGGAGUUCUUUACUAAAAUCGACUUAUCUGAGGCAUACCUUCAAAUGUUAGUUGAUGAGCGGGGCCGACAUCUAUUGACGAUCAAUACUCACAAGGGUUUGUUCCGUUACAAGAGAAUGAAUUAUGGUAUAGCCUUAGCUCCGGCAGUGUGGCAGAGAGCCAUUGAACAAGUUUUAUCAGGUAUCGCGGGGGUACACAAAUCUGUGAAUUAUUGUGGUCAUACAAUUGAUAAAUUUGGCCUCCACAAAACACAAGAAAAAAUCGAUGCUAUUACGAAGGUACCAGUUCCAAAAACUGUAUCUGAUUUGAAGAGUUUUUUGGGUUUAGUCAAUUACUACGGAAAAUUUAUUCCCAACUUAUCUACUCGUGUCGCUCCUUUCAAUAAUUUACUGCAGAAGGGUACUAAAUUUUUGUGGACUGCAGAAUGUGAAAAAGCUUUCAAGGCAUUGAAACAAGAAAUUGCUUCAGACCGAAUUUUAUGCCAUUAUGAUCCUAAGUUACCUCUUGUAUUACAAACUGAUGCAUCACCAGUUGGAAUAGGAGCAGUUUUAAGCCACAUUAUGCCAGAUGGUUCGGAAAAACCAGCCAUGUUUGCAUCAAGGUCAUUGACUAAAACGGAACGUAAUUAUUCGCAGAUAGACAAGGAAGCAUUGAGUAUCGUAUGGGGAGUAAAGAGAUUUUAUCAAUAUUUAUUUGGUCGACAUUUUGAUCUCGUAACCUAUCAUAAACCCCUAGUAUCAAUUUUCGCACCUAAUCGUAGUUUACCAUGUUUAUCAGCAACACGAAUGGUUCAUUAUGCACUUUUUCUCCAAGCAUUCAGUUAUACAAUCAAGUAUCGAAACACAAAGAAUCAUGGCAAUGCCGAUGCACUUUCACGGUUACCACUAACAGUUGACAAGGACUGUGAGUACUUGACUGAAGCAGACGUAACAAAUAUUUCGCAAGUUAAAUUAAUGCCUGUUACAGCAACUGACAUAGCUAGAGCUACUAAAACUGAUAGGAAAUUGUUCGAACUGUAUGAAAGUUUAAAAUCUGGAACUGAAUUACCUGUGCCUUGGAAAGGUAGAGAAUCUGAAUUUUCAUUGCAAAAUGGUUGCAUAAUGUAUGGUCAUAGAGUAUGCAUUCCUGAAAAGUACCAGAAUCAAGUUUUGGAAGAACUUCAUGUUGGACAUCCUGGAAUUGUCAAAAUGAAGGCCUUAGCUAGAAGCUACUGCUAUUGGCAAGGUAUUGAUGCCAGUAUAGCCAAUUUUGUUCAGAACUGUUCAGCUUGUAUCGCAACGAGGAACGAACCAGCAAGGAUAAAUCGACAUCCGUGGGAAUGGCCGAAUGGACCUUGGCAAAGGAUACACGUUGACUACGCUGGUCCUUUUAUGGGGAAAAUGUUUUUUGUAGUCUCUGAUGCAUAUUCGAAGUGGAUAGAAGUUAUUACAGCUAGUUUUACAAUUCAUCAUCUUCGUAUCCUUUUUGCUCAUUAUGGAAUUCCCUUAACUUUGUAUAGAAUAACUCCACAUUCCCUCACGGGAGAAACUCCGAGUGCCUUGUUUUUGAAGAGAUGUAUUCGCACUAGGCUUGAUCUUUUUAAACCAAAUUUGAGAGACAAAGUUGUUCAGAAACAGAGUUCGAGACUUGACACAGAAUCUAUCUUGCGUGAGUUUCAGGAAGGGGAGAAAGUAGCUAGACACGUAGAUCAAAUAAGGAAAUGUGGGAAGUCGAUUGAAUUAUCCCAAGCUGCUACUGAAAUUCCAAUUUACGAUAAAGAAUUGAAUUUUCCAGAUGAGCCAGUAUCCGAUGAUGUUGCUGAAUCGGAACCGCCUGCACCUUUACCUGAACUUGUCCCUGAACCUAAGGAUGUACCUGUAUUUGCCACUCCAAGUGAUGAUAUGCCACCUGGCCCUGUACCAGACGCUUCCGGAAAGCCGAAAACUGAUGUGCCACUCCGACGCUCAACCCGAAUCAGGAGACCUCCAGAGAGACUCCACCUGUGA